UUAAGUUCCAAGGACCUAGGGUAAGAAGGGCAGUUAGCAUUUCCAUCUCAGGGCCACCACUCUGUUCAUGUUGGUUUUCCACCACCCUGACCUUCUGGGGCCAUUUCUAUUUGCACAACUUGUCAGCAUCUUCCCCUCCUUUGUGACCUGCCUUUUGCCAGCUCAGAGACAUCACUGGCAUUGGGAGCUGCUGCACAGGUACACACGCUGAGCAGCCUCCCACAUGCAACCUGAAAGGCCAACAGACCCACAGACACCUGAAGGAACCUGAUAAACAGACACACGCUGAUAAGAUAGCCAAAGAGGCAAAGCAGGCAGACAGCAAAACACGACUAGUAUUACACAGCGCUCCAAGAGAAAGUAAAACAACAAAACAGACAUCACCUCUCAAUUCCCCUUCAAAAACAAAUAAAAGACAGCCUCCAGAGCCUCACUGGGAAUCCAAAGUGGGUAGGUAUUUUUGUCUCAUUUCCUCUUCAUCGUUACCCAGCUUAAAAGAAACUCUGAGUCUGGGACAGAGGUAUGUGGAGCUCCACAGCUGGACGACAAGGCAUGGCCUUUGCCUGCCAGUGGGCCUCCCAGUUCCAACCGUCCUUCUGUGACCUCACUCCCUACCACUAGUUCCAUUUGCCACUUUGUGAUUUCAUCAGUUAAAGAUCCCAUUUCAGCUACUGCGCGUCAGAGGCCCCAAGAGCCCAGCUCCUUUACAGAAGCAGCUUUGGGUGGUUUUAGGACUGAGCUUUCUGCAGAUCAUGCUUGGGCCGGAGCCAGAGCGCCUCUCCAGGUUGACUUCCUCAGAUAUCAGGUGAGGGGCACUUGGCUCCUGCUUCCACUGACCCCCUGAGAGGCUCUGAAGACCACUGCUACCUCCAGAGCAUCUGCAUACCCCAGGGGCCCCUCUCCCAGGCCAUGGGCAGCAGAGUCCUUCCGGCUCUGGAACUGCCUCAGCGGCUGAGGCCCAGCCUGGAGGACAGCCGCAGAGCUCCAGGGCGGGGACGAGAGAACCUGCUGAGCAGCGUGGCUGCAGUCCGGACCCUGGCCAGUGUGGUGCGGCCCUGCUACGGCCCCCUUGGCCGGCAGAAGUUCCUGGUGACUGACAGCGGGGCAACGGUGUGCACAGGCCACGCUGCCGCCAUCCUCAGGGCCCUGCGGCUGGAGCACCCGGCAGCCAGGCUGGUCCGGGACGCAGCCCAAACACAGGCAGAGGUCAGUGGGGACGGCACGGCCUUCGUGGUCCUCCUGAUCGAAGCCCUGCUGGAGCAGGCCGAGCGCCUCCUGCGGGCCGGGCUGCCUCGCACCCAGCUGCGGGAGGCCUAUGCAGCUGCCAGGAAUGAAGUCCUGGCCACACUGCCCUCCCUGGCUGUCCGGUCUCUGGGGCCUUUGGAGGAUCCCUCCUGGGCCCUCCACUCUGUGAUGAAUACUCACUCCCUGUCCCACACGAACUACCUGAGCAAGCUGGUGGCGCAGGCCUGCUGGGCUAGCAAGGAGCCAGAUGGCAGUUUCAAGCCUGAGCGUGUAGGAGUGUGCACACUGCGUGGAGGGACCCUGAGGGAUUCCCACCUCCUCCCAGGGCUAGCAAUAUCUGGAGAACCCCGGGGUCAAACAACUGUAGUGCUGACGGGGGCCAGGGUGGCUCUGUUUGUUUGCCCCUUUGGUCCUGCCAACCUAAAUGCACCAGCCACUGCCCAUCUCUCUAACCCCAAUGACCUAACUAAAUUUAUGACAGAAAGUGAUCAAUUACUAGAAAAGCAAGUAGCCCAGCUGGCAGUUGGGGAUAUUAAUGUGGCAGUGGUAUGGGGGGACAUCGAUAAGAAAGCCCUCACCCUGGCUGACAAGCAUGGCAUCAUGGUGAUUCAAGCCAAGUCCCGGAAGGAGGUGGCUUAUCUGAGUGAGGUGUUGGGCACCCCCCUGCUAACACAUCUGCUUCCUCCCCUGGAGCCCGGGAGAUGCCGUCGUGUCUACAGGCAGGAGCUGGGAGACACUGCAGCUGUGCUCUUUGAGUGGGAAUCCGUGGGCACCCCCGCCCUCACUCUGGUCCUCAGGGGUGCCACAGCUGAGGGGCUGCGGGGUGCGGAGCAGGCUGUCCACCAUGGCAUCGAUGCCUAUUUCCAGCUGUGUCAAGACCCCAGACUGCUUCCAGGAGCUGGUGCCGUGGAGAUGGCCCUGGCGAGAAUGCUCUCUGAUAAAGGAAGCAAACUGGAAGGGCCAAAUGGCCCAGCCUUCCUAGCGUUUGCCCAAGCCCUGAGGUCACUUCCGAACACCUUGGCAGAAAAUGCAGGCUUAGGUGUUUCGCAGGUGAUGGCAGAAAUGAGUGCACUUCACCAGGCUGGGAACUUCCUCAUUGGAGUGGGAACUGAAGGGAUAAUAAAUGUGGCCCAGGAAGGGGUAUGGGACACCCUAAUGGCCAAAACCCAAGGACUUCAAGCAGCAGCUGAGGCAGUGCUGCAGUUUGUGACUGUAGAUGAGAUUGUGGUGGCCAAGAGAAGCCCCCUGCAUCAGCAGGUCUCCCAUCCUGACUCUAAGAAGGCCAAGGACUACCUGUCUCACCCAAAGAAAAAAAUCCUUCAAAUGUACAAGUAGCAACAUCUUCAAUAAAAUGGGAAUUGCCAAGGAAGGCCCGAUCACCCCUCAAAAAUCAGUGCUUGCCUU